GUUCUACAUGGGGCCGCAAGGCACCGCUAAGAUACGCAUGGUGGACGCUGAGUUCGACUACACGUACGAGUACCAGGGCAACGCCAUGAAGCUCGUACACACGCCCCUCACCGACAAGUGCUACCUCACUCUCACGCAGGGCAUGCACAUGGGUCUGGGCGGGAACCCAUACGGCCCGGCAGGCACGGGCAAAACAGAGUCCGUGAAGGCGCUGGGGGGCCUCUUCGGGCGCCAGGUGCUCGUCUUCAACUGCGACGAGGGCAUCGACGUCAAGAGCAUGGGCAGGAUUUUCGUGGGCCUAGUGAAGUGCGGUGCCUGGGGCUGCUUCGAUGAGUUCAACCGCCUGGAAGAAGCGGUGCUCUCCGCCGUGUCCAUGCAGAUCCAGACCAUCCAGGCGGCCAUUAAAGGCAGGGCUGCCACCACAACCCUGCUAGAGAAGGAGAUCCCGGUGGACCUGAACUCCGGGAUUUUCAUCACCAUGAACCCCGCCGGGAAGGGCUACGGAGGUCGCCAGAAGCUGCCCGACAACCUGAAGCAGCUCUUCCGUCCCGUCGCCAUGUCGCGCCCUGACAACGACCUCAUCGCUGAGGUCAUCCUCUUCUCGGAGGGCUUCAAGAGCGCCAAGACCAUCGGCAAGAAACUCGUAGCUGUCUUCACGCUCUCCAAGGAGCUGCUCACUCGUCAGCAGCACUACGACUGGGGGCUACGCGCCCUCAAGACCGUCCUCAAGGGCUCGGGCAACCUCCUGCAGCAGCACAGGUCAGGUGCAGGUGGAGAAGCUGUGACGCCUGAGGUGGAGUUGGAGUUGAUGGUGCAAGCCUUGCGCCUCAACACACUGUCUAAGCUUACAUUCGCUGACUCCGUCCGAUUUGACGAGCUCGUCCGCGAUGUGUUCACCAACGUGCCCUUCCGUGGAGUUGGUUUCGAGUCACUCGCUGAGGUGAUCCAAGAGACCUUCACUGAGAACAGCUUGGUGCCUAAUGAGCGACAGACGAAGAAAUGCCUUGAACUUUAUGAGCAGCUGCAGCAGAGGAUGGGCGUCGUUGUGGUUGGGCCUUCAGGUUCUGGGAAAACCACUCUCUGGAAGAUGCUUUUCAAAGCGCUCACGAAAAUGGGGCAAAAAGUUAUGAAGUAUGUGAUGAAUCCCAAAGCCAUGCCCCGACAUCAAUUGCUUGGCCACAUAGACCACGACACUCGGGAGUGGUCUGAUGGAGUACUCACGGCCUCCGCCAGACUCGUGGUCAAAGAACCUGUCGAGGUGACCUCCUGGAUCGUGUGCGAUGGUGACAUAGACCCGGAGUGGAUCGAGUCUCUCAACUCAGUAUUGGACGAUAAUCGCUUGCUAACGAUGCCCUCAGGGGAAAGAAUCCAAUUCGGGCCAAAUGUGAACUUCCUCUUCGAGACGCACGACUUGAGUUGUGCCUCUCCUGCAACAAUCUCCAGAAUGGGGAUGAUAUUCUUGAGUGACGAAGAUACGAACGUGCAACUUGUUGUUGAUUCUUGGCUAAGUCAGAGGGAACACGACCAGGACCAUUUAGCCCAGUACAUCAAAGACUACUUCUUCCGAGGCCUGGAGUGGGUGAUGAAAAGAAGCGAAUCGCAAGUGGACACAACACUGGUCGGCUGGGUCUUCAACGGACUUUCGCACAUGAUGAACGUUACCAGCAGAACCCACUUCGCAGUGGCGCUCGUGAGAGGACUGGGUGGGAAUUUAUCGGAGAACACCCGCGUCGACUUUGCUCGAGAAGUUUACAGUUGGGUUGGCGAGCAUCUGCCGGACAAUAACCGCCCUCUCAGCGUUAGGUACGACGAGGCUCGUGACCGACUUGAGAGCUACACAACGGACACCAACACUGAAGUUGCCAUCGACAACUCCGAGCCUCCGCUCGUGCUUACGGCAGACUCCAAGAGGAUCCUGGACUACAUCCUGCCGUGGCUACAGCCCGAGACUCAGCAGCCUUUCAUUCUGAUCGGUCCUGAGGGCUGCGGCAAAAGCAAGUUGCUGAACCACUGCUUCGCUCAGCUGCGCGGCACUCAGGUUGCGGUUGUGCACUGCAGCGCCUACACGGCACCUCAUCACAUCCUCCAAAAACUCACUCAGAUGUGCAUGGUGAUAUCAACGAACACUGGACGCGUGUACCGCCCCAAGGAUUGUGAGCGACUCAUCCUGUACCUGAAGGACCUGAACCUGCCUAAGCCAGACAAGUGGGGCACCUCGCAACUCAUCACCUUCCUCCAGCAGCUGGUAACGUACGGAGGGUUCUACGACAACAGCCUGGAGUGGGUGGGGCUGGAGGGCGUGCAGGUGGUGGGCAGCCUCACUGGCGGGUCGGCACUGGGCCGCCACAAGCUGUCUACCCGCUUCACUUCCAUCGUCAGGAUCGCCUCAAUGGGUUACCCCGAGCGCGACCAGCUGGUGAGCGUGUACAGCAGCUAUUGUUCAGCCGUCGUCAAGGUGGUCGCCCCCGACCAUCCUGUGUGGCUGCACAAAGCUCAUGCGCUUGCCGCCUCCAUGGUGCACGUUUAUCAUCAGGUGAGCAGCAGCUUCUCGGUAGACGAUUAUUCGCACUACCUCUUCACGCCCCGUGACCUCACGCGCUGGGUGCUGGGACUGCUGCGCUACACGUUACCUGUCGAGGACUCUUCGCCUCUACCUCUACUCAGGGUAUGGCUGUACGAAGCAUGCCGCAUGUUCCGGGACAAGCUGGCGGAGGAGGAAGACAUGCAGAAGUUUGACCGCAUCGUCCUGACGUGCCUACAGAGCGACUGGAACCUCGACCUCUCCGACAUGAUGCACGACAACACAUUCUUCACCACCGCUGGUGUUGCCGUCCCCACUGCGGGAGCGCCCCUCCCCCCUAACGGGCACCUGCUGGGGCUGCUGGACGAGGCCGCGUGGUCCACCGUCGUGGCCAAAGCCGUGGCCCAGUACACCAGAGACAACAGGGACCUCGUCGACCUCCUCAUCUUCCAGGAGGUGCUGGAGAUGAUGGCGCGCGUGGACCGCGUGCUGACGGCUCCUGGAGGGUCGCUGCUGAUGGCGGGCCGGUCUGGAGUGGGACGACGCUCGGCCCUCACCGUCAUCGCCAACUGGCACUCCAUGAAGAUCGUCUCACCCGCCAUCACACAGAGCUACGGCAUCGUCAACUUCAGGAACGACAUCAAGCAGGUGGUUGAGGCGGCGGGAGUGGCAGGGGAGCAGGUGGUGCUGUUGAUUGAAGACCACCACCUGGUCACGCCAGACAUCCUCGAGACCGUCAACUCGUUACUCAUGGCUGGGGAGGUGCCUGGUCUGUACAAGCCUGAGGAGCUCGAGCCUCUCCUGCUGCCUCUCAGAGACCAGGCCGCCGACGCUGGCUUCAGAGGCUCUCAUUUUGCCUACUUCUCAGAGAGAGUUCGCCGCAACCUGCACAUCGCUCUGCUCCUGGACAGCAGCAGCAGCGAGUUCUCUGUGCGGUGUGAGAGCAACCCUGCGCUGUACAAGCAGUGCGCCGUGCUGUGGCUUGAGACCUGGUGCCACGCCUCUAUGUUACAGGUGCCGGAGCUUCUCCUGACGAAGGAAGAGCUGCCUGAAGACGGUGCUGAGAACGCAGCCUUCACGGAGAACUUCUCCAGCGUGCACGAGUCCCUGCCUUCUGCACUAGAUCAUCUGGUCACACCCCGACGCUUCAUGACCCUUCUGCACACUUACCGCUCCCUCUACACCAACCACAAGGCCAAGCUCUCCACCAAAAUCAAGCACCUACAGGACGGCGUAUCUAAGCUACGCGAGGCGCAGCUUCUCGUCGACGAACUCAAGAAAGAAGCGAGCGUUCAGGAGAAGGAGCUUGCCGAGAAGCAGGCUGAGGCGAACAAGGCUCUACAGCUCAUCUCUGACACUAUGAGUAACGCCAACGCCCAGAAGGUUGAGAUGGAGAGUCUCAAGGAACUCACGCUCAAGGAGGGGGAAAAGCUCGCUAAAAGGAAGCUGGAGAUCGACGCAGAGCUCGCAGAGAUCGAGCCUCUUGUUCUGGAGGCCAAGGAGGCUGUUGGGAACAUCAAGUCCGAGACGCUCACCGAAGUUAGGUCCCUUCGAGCUCCUCCUGAAGUGAUACGGGACAUCCUGGAGGGCGUAUUGACCCUCAUGGGUAUCCUGGAUACGUCCUGGAACUCGAUGAAAUCCUUCUUGGCCAAGCGCGGAGUGAGGGAAGAAAUCAAGAACUACGACCCCAGAAACGUAGCCCCGGAUGCCCGCAAGAAGGUCGAGCGGCUACUGAAAGAAAAGGAAAAAUCCUUCACUCCUGCGGUAGCCAAACGCGCGUCUGCAGCAGCGGCGCCUCUCGCCGCCUGGGUGUCCGCUAACGUCAAAUUCUCCUACGUCCUGGAGAAAGUUAAGCCUCUGGAAGACGAGCAAAACAAGCUUCAAAGGAAUUUGCAACAAGCCGAAAGCAAAAUAGGACACCUGUCAUCUGGCCUGGAGAGCGUGGAGUCUCAAGUGUCUGUACUGAAGGAGAAGCUCAACAAGUCGACGAAGGAGGCCGCGAAGGUGGAACUCAAGCUCGCCGAGGCCACCAAAACCAUCACCGCUGCCGAGAGCCUCGUGUCCAAGCUGGGCGGGGAAUAUACGCGUUGGAGUAGCCAGGUGUCGGAGCUGGACGAGAGCGUCUCGGCGCUGUCCCGCCAAUGUCUGGUGGCGGCCGCCUUCAUCACUUACCUCAGUGAGGCCUCGGAGGACCUCAGGCGCAGCGUCAUGACCACCUGGACCUCAAUGCUGGACAUCAAAAACUUCGACCUCAAACGGUUUCUGGCCAGUGAGCGUGACCUGCUGCAGUGGAAGGCUGAGGGCCUGCCGUCUGAUGACCUCAGUGCUGAGAACGCCCUCGUCAUCCUGCAGAGCUCUAACCAGGCGGCUGGGACGAAGUCGACGCCGCUGCUGCUGGACCCGUCGUCGCGCGCCACGGACUGGCUGCAGGCGCACCUCAGCGCCUCAGCGACGGUCGAGACCACCACGCAGCAGGACCCCAAGUUCAUCACGAACCUCGAGCUCGCCGUCAGGUUCGGCAAGACUCUCAUCAUCGGAGAAGUGGACGAGAUAAGUCCCGUGCUGUACCCUCUGCUGCGGGCUGACCUCAUCACGCAAGGACCGCGCCACGUCCUGCAGCUUGGCGACAAGCUACUCGACUACAACGAGCAGUUCCGCCUGUACCUGGCCACUCGCCUGCCGCAGCUCAUCCUGCCGCCUGACGCGGCCGCCCUACUCACUGCAGUCAACUUCACCACCACCAGAGCAGGACUCACUGGCCAGUUGCUAGCCCUGACCCUGCAAACGGAGUCGCCAGAGUUGGAAGUGCGGCGGUCGGAGCUUGUGUCGCAGGAGGAAACUUUGCGCGUGCAGCUCACAGCGCUGGAGGACCAACUGCUUACUUCCCUGGCCCAGAGUGAAGGAAAUAUACUCGAAAAUAAGGAGCUUCUAGCGUCCCUGGAGCAAGCCAAGUCGAGCGCUGCGACGAUCGAGUCGAGCCUCAGCGAGAGCCUCGGCCUGCAGGAGACGCUGGAGCAGGAGCGGGCGAGCUUCCUGCCGCUGGCCCAGGCAGGCGCUGCGCUCUACUUCAACAUCUGCGACUUGAGCAAACAGAACAACAUGUAUCGCUUCAGCCUCGCCGCCUUCAUCGCCCUCUUCAAUAAAGCGCUCCAGACUCCCAAGACUGGCCAAGACACGGCAAAGCGCCUGGCUGCUCUGCAACGCGCACUCGUGGACUCAGUGUACGCGUACGUGGCGCGGUCACUCUUCAAGGAGGACCGUCUCAUGUUCGCCAUGCACAUGGUCCAUGGCAUGCACCCCAACAUGUUCCAGAAGAACGUGAGUGUUGCUGCUACUCUUUGUCUCAUGUUCGCCAUGCACAUGGUCCAUGGCAUGCACCCCAACAUGUUCCAGAAGAACGAGUGGGAGGUGUUCACGGGCCUGAUGGUGUCUGAGGUGCGCGGGUCUCCCGCUGAGCUCAAGGAGACGCUCCCCAAGUGGAUCGACGACGAGCGCGCCUUCGCCGUCGCCACGCUGCAGAAGAGCUUCCCGGCUCUGUACAGCUCCUUGCAGCUGGACGACGCUGGGCUGUGGUCCUCUUUCGCUCGCUCUUCUCACUCAGAAACCGACAUACCUACCCAGGUGUUGCAAACAUCGAGCAAAUUCCAGCAAGUGCUGGUGGUGCAGGCGCUCCGCCCUGACCGCCUCGAGAGCGCCAUGAUAAACUUCGCCUCCAAAGUGCUCGGCGUGAAGGAACUCUCGCCAGAGGCGCUGAACCUGCGGCGGCUGGUGACAGAGACGCGCGCCACGGAGCCCGUGCUGCUCAUCAUCUCCCCAGGGGCGGACCCGUCGCAGGAACUGCUCGAGCUCGUCAAGUCCACCGUCACCGUGGAGCGAUACCAUGAGGUGGCGAUGGGUCAAGGGCAGAGCGAAGUGGCGCUGCAGGCGCUGCGGUCGAGCGCCGCCAGCGGGCGGUGGCUGUGCCUCAAGAACCUGCACCUCGUCACCGCCUGGCUGCCCGUGCUCGAGAAGGAGCUCAACGCCCUCCAGCCUCACCAAGACUUCAGGUUGUGGUUGACUGCCGAGCCUCAUCCCAAGUUCACGGCGAUAUUGCUUCAGUCCAGCCUGAAGAUCACGUAUGAGGCUCCGGCUGGCCUGAAGAAGAACCUGCAGCGGACGAUGGACUCGUGGAGCCCCGAGGUGCUGGCGAAGGGCAACAUGGUGAGCAGAGCGCAGGCGCUCUUCGUGCUGGCCUGGACACACGCGGUGCUGCAGGAGCGGCGCACCUACAUACCGCAGGGAUGGUCCAAGUUCUACGAGUUCUCUUACGCUGACCUUAAAGCUGGUGCUGACAUCAUCGACAGACUCUACACCAUCGCUGAUGGGGCUGAGAUCAAGUGGGACUUCGUGAUCGGUCUCUUCGAGAACGCCAUAUACGGAGGGCGCGUUGACAACGUGUGGGACCUGAGAGUCCUGCAGUCCUACUUAACUCUCUUCUUCUCGAGUGAGGUGAUAGGGGGCAAGAAGCCCCCUGCUAGACAUCUCGCCCCCAACCUCGCUCUCCCCACCACCGUCAACUACCAGGAUUACUACGGUCUGGUGGGGGCGCUGCCGGAGGACGACGAGCCUGACCACUUCGGCCUGCCCGCCAACAUCGAGCGGUCGAGGCAGCGCAUGAACAGUAGCCGCGUCAUUCACCAGCUCAAAGUGCUCAUGCGGUCAGCGGAGCUCGUCGGGAAGUUCGACAAAGAGAAGUGGAGGGCGCAGCUCUCACCCGUCCUCAACCUCUGGAAGAAACUCAACCAGGGAAGUGCGCUCCUGCAGUUGGAAGCAGCACCUCCCAGUGGCAGCAACGUGAGUCCCUUGACCGCCUUCGUGCAGCUCGAGCAAUACCAAGCCCUGCAGAUGGUGCAGGCGGUUCACAGGAGUCUCGCCGCGCUGUCCAAAGUCAUCAGAGGAACCUUGCUACUCACCUCUGAAGUGCAGAAGCUGGCAGACAGCCUCCUGAAGCAGGAGACGCCAGGGACAUGGCACGAGCUGUGGGAGGGUCCGGACGACCCACUUGAGUACCUGAGGAGCCUGGUAAGGCGGGCUCAGGGCGCCGUCGAGUGGGCUGCUCGUAACGACUCGGGGGCGCUGCUACGAGACUCCCUGGACCUGGGGGACACGCUGCACCCUGGCACCUUCCUAAACGCCCUCAGGCAGCACACUGCCCGUGAGUACAGCGUGGCGAUGGACGAGUUGGUGCUGGUAAGCUCCUGGUCCCGCGGUGGGGUGCCUGAUGCACGCGUGCUGCUCAAGUGGGUGGGGCUUCAGCUCGAGGGUGCCACCUUCGACGGCUCGCGCCUCAUGCAAAACACGCACGACAGCGCCAGCAUCACCGCCGCUCCCUCCUGCACCGUCGCGUGGGUGCCCAAGGACAAGAAGCCGAACAUGUACCAGGACGAUCUGGUGGCGGUGCCGGUGUACACGUCCAGCUUGCGGGAGUCGGUCGUGUGCAGCCUGGACGUGCCUUGCUCCAAACCAAGCCAUCAGUGGAUACAAGCCGGCAUCGCGCUCCUACUUACCAACUAACUGCCUUGCUCUAAACCAAGCCAUCAGUGGAUACAAGCAGGCAUCGCGCCACUACUUACCAACUAACUGCCUUGCUCCAAACCAAGCCAUCAGUGGAUACAAGCCGGCAUCGCGCUCCUAUAGACUUACCAACUAACUGUCUUGCUCCAAACCAAGCCAUCAGUGGAUACAAGCCGGCAUCGCACUCCUACUUAC